GUGCUUGUUAGCACAGACUUUUGUCUCGAACUGAACCCGCCGACCAUCUGCCCCCCAUUCAAGCGUCCUGAACUGCAGCAAUAUGGCCCCUGCGUCCCGCAGCAACACUCACGACGAGGAUUAUUACGGAAUAAAAGACAGAAAGACGAGGAAACCGCUGGUGGAGAAAAAGAGACGCGCCCGGAUAAAUGAAAGUUUACAGGAGCUUCGGCUACUGCUAGCCGACCCGGAUGCGCAGGUAAAAAUGGAGAACGCCGAGGUGUUGGAAAUGACCGUGAAGCGCGUGGAAAGUAUACUGCAAAACAAAGCGAAGGAGGCUGACAGUGUGAACCGCGAGGCCAACGAGCGCUUCGCCGCGGGCUACAUCCAGUGCAUGCAUGAAGUGCACACAUUCGUGUCCAGCUGCCCGGGCAUCGACGCCACCAUCGCCGCAGAUCUGCUGAACCACCUCCUCGAAUGUAUGCCUCUGAACGACGAGGAGCGCUUUCAGGACAUUCUGUCAGACCUCAUUUCGGACUCUAACAACUCUGGCACUUGGCCUGGCGAGGCGGCGUACGCUACGUUGUCGCCCGGAGGGACGAGCGUGGCCAACGGUGGCUCCUCCGCCUUGUCCCCGGCCCCGUCCACCACCUCCAGCGACGACAUUUGUUCUGACCUGGACGACACAGACACGGAGCACAGCCGCAUCUCGGUAGAUGCCGGAGAUCAGGCGCCAGUCGUGCCAACAUUAUACACCAACAAGUCCAUUUGGAGACCCUGGUAGACAGAUGCUCACCUCCGCCGAUUCAUGAACAUUCAAGUAUAUUUUCUAGUUUAGAAAAUAGUCCAGGAUUGAGCACCUUUGUGAACCAGUUCUACUUUAGUAAUAGGGCGACUUUUUUGUCAUCGACCUGUGGAUAUACCCCUCAGUAAGCUCUUCUAGGUGCAACAAUAAUGUGCAUUUCAGUCCACUUCAGUUACACAGAAUUAGUAUUUUAUUUAAUUGUGUGUUUUUUGUAUAAGCUAAGUUAAGGAAAAUACACUGUAAGGAUAAAUAAUAUGUCUAGGGAGUGUGUUCCCAUCUCUUAAUUAUUGUAGGAUAGGAUGUAAAUAUUUCAAUGUCGUUGCUGUAGAUAGAUCUAUGACAGUUAUUGUGAUUUUUGUGACGGGAAGAAAAAAAAUAAGUGUAAAUGUCGGGAAUAAUGUGUUUUAUAUGUGAUUUUACCCUUCAUUAAAGCAUCUUUCUGAUUUGCUACUGCAAA